UCAUUGCAGAGGCACCAUCUCCUACCAAGACAUGCUCGGAUUACCAUCCGAGCGGGACAUCUCCGCAAUCGAACCCCUCCAAAGCACCAUCUCCCCGGACGGCGGCUUGAACAUGCAAUUCACAUCCGGAACUACCGGUCUACCGAAAGCGGCUCUAGUAUCGCACCAGGGUUUCGUAAACAAUGCAAUCCAUUUGGCCCACCGGAACGAAUUCGAUCAGAAGCAGCACCGAAUCUGUCUUCAGCUUCCCCUGUUCCACGCCUUUGCCAUGGUGGUUGGUGUCCUAACUGCUUUCACUCAUGGAACAACUGUAGUUUUACCCGGAGCCCGGUAUAAGCCAAUGGAGUCGUUGGAAGCGAUCGUGAAAGAGAAGUGCACAGCAAUCUACGGAACUCCCACCAUGUACGUCGAUUUGGUGAACAAAGUUCGCGAAACCAAUUUCGAACUACCUCCGGUUGAUCUGGCCGUAACGGGAGGAGCGACCUGCUCGCCCCAACUCUUCGCGGACAUCUUGGGAAUCCUCAAAGUCCGCAAAGCCAAGACCGUCUACGGCUUGACGGAAGCUUGCGGAAUCGUGUUCCAAUCGCUCUUCCAGGACACCCGGGAAAACAUCCUGGAAACGGUGGGCCACAUCAUGGACCAUUUCGAGGCCAAGGUUGUAGAUGCGAAUGGGAACACCGUUCCAUUCGGGGCGGCUGGGGAGCUGUGGGUCCGGUCACCUGGCAUGAUGCUAGGCUACUGGGGUGACGAGAAGAAGACGCGGGAAACCCUCGGUGAAGAUGGAUGGCUGAGAACGGGGGAUCAGUUCGUGCUGAGAGAGGAUGGAUACGGGAAGAUCGUUGGCCGGAUCAAGGAGAUUAUCAUCCGAGGGGGAGAGAAUAUCUUCCCGCGGGAGAUCGAGGACUAUCUGAAUACGCACCCGAAGGUAUUGGAGACGCACUGCGUGGGAGUUCCUGAUGGACGGAUGGGGGAGGAGAUUUGUGCGUACGUGAGGCUGAAGGAGGAUGGACAAACGCUGAAUCUGAGCGAGGUUGGAGAUUUCUGUAAAGGACGGCUGGCUCACUUCAAGGUGCCGAAGUAUCUGAGGGUGGUGCAUGCGUUUCCGCAGACGACUUCCGGGAAAGUGCAAAAAUUUAAACUGGUGGAGAUGUUUAAGGCAGACCUAAUGGAUAGGAAAUAAAUGAAAGUAGGGAAUG